AUGUCCUUCGGAGGCUCGCUCUGGCUUGUGCCAGCAAAGGAAUCUAAACUAGAGCAUAUCUUGAAACAAGCCAUUCAGCUGCUUUCAGAGAAUGGAGAUCAAUGGGGCGAGACUGUAACCUCCAGCUUCCCUCCUCAUAUGACCAUCACGUCGAGUGUCUCUCCAGACUUGAUGACUUCACCCUCGAAAGAGGCCAGAGCAGAAGAACGUAUUGCUCCAACUGAUCUCAAGGUGGCUCAAGUUGUUUAUGGUUCAAAGUUCUUUAAGCGCAUCUACAUCAGGCUUGAAAGAACCAUGUGGCUGCUCGAAUUUGUUCAGUGUAUGCGGAAGGCUGCUGUCAGCGAAUCUGAUGCGCAGUUAAAGGACUUUAUGGCUGCAUUUGAGCCCCAUUUGAGUCUUGCUUAUGCUUCGGCUUUUAAGGACGAGUCCCAAGCACGGCGUCUUUUACAAGAUGCGCGCAUCGAAGAGCAACUCAGUCAGCUUGACCUUGCUAAAGAACUCUGUCAAGUUGUCCUAAUGGAUACGCGCUCAUGUGAUGGCCCGCCCUCGACAACGAUUCCUGAUUCUUGGUUUGCUUGCGACAUGCCAGCUGAGCUUAAGGAAGUACUUGAGAUGUUCCGUGCCCAAGAGUAG